ACCCAGUCUGCAUACCCCAGACCCUAUACCUGCACCCAGUCCCAACUCCCAGACCCAGUCCGUACCCCAGGACCAGCCUAUACUCCCAGACCCAGUCCUAUACCCCAGACCCAGUCCCUGAUAACGAGACCCGUCAAAGAAUACACUCAGACCCAGUCCCUAUACCUCAGACCCAGUCCUCCACACCCUCAGACCCAGUCCCACCAUACCCCCAGACCCAGUCAUCCCCAGGACCCUAUACUGAAACCCAGUCCCUAACCUCAGACCCAGUCCUAUACCUCAGUCCCAGUCCUUACCUCGGACCAGUAACCCAGACCAACCCAGUCCCAUACCUGGACCCAAUCCCAUACCCCAGACCCAGUCCUAUACCAGACCUAUACUCUCAGACCCAGUCCCUAUACCGGGGAAACCCAGGGUCCUAUACCUCAGACCCAGGUCCCCUCACACCUCGAGACCCAGUCUAUACCACCCUCAGACCUCGGUCCUAUGACCCCAGACCCAGUCUAUACCCUGGGGCAAUUCAGUCCUAUACCCCAGACCAAUCCUAUCAGACUCAGCCUAUACCCCAGACCCGUCCUAUACCUCCCAGACCCAGUCCCUAUACCCCCAGACCCAGCUAUACCCCAGGACCCCGUUCUAUACCUCAGACCGAAGUCCCUACACCCCGGACCUGGGUCCUAUACCCCAGACUGAUCCUACACCCCAGACCCAGCCUAUACCCCAGACCCAGUCCUAUACCUCAGACCCUAGUACUCCACCCAGACCCAGUCCUAUACUCAGACCCAGUCCCUAUACCCAGACCCGUCCUAUACCCCCAGACCCAGUCCCUAUCCCCAGACCCCAUCAGACAGUUCAUGAUAACCCCAGACCCUAUACUCAGGACCCAGUCCGCUACCCCUGAGACCCAGUCCUAUACCCCAGGACCCAAACCUAUACCUCAGACCCAGUCCUAUACCCCAGACCCUAUACCUCAAACCCAGUCCUAUACCCCAGGACCCAGUCCUACCCUGUGCCUAACCCCAGACCCAGUCCUAUACCGAGACCCUAUACUCAGACCCAGUCCUAUACCUUGCACCCAGUCCUAUACCUCGACCCAGUCCCUAUACCUCCAGACCCAGUCCCACACCCCAGACCCCCAGUCCAUACCUCGCCCAGUCCCUAUACCCAGACCCAGUCCCAUACCUCAGACCCAGCCUAUACCCCAGACCCAGUCCUAUACCUCCAGACCCAGUCUACCCGAGACCCAGCCCUAUACACUCAGACCCAGUCCCUAUGCCCCAGACCCAACUCCAGUCCCUAGCUCCAGACCUGAAGUCAUACCCCCAGACCCAGUCCUACCCCAGACCCGUCCACUAUACCUCAAACCCAGUCCUAUACCCCCAGACCCAGCCCUGAUCCCUCAGACCCAGUCCCUACCCCAGACCCAGUCCUAUUCCCCACCCAGUCCCUGGACCAGUCUUAACCCCAGACCCAGCCCUAUACCUCAGACCCAGUCUGCACCCCAGACCCGAUACUGUGCCUCAGACCCAGUUCUACACCCCAGACCCAGUCUAUACCCCAGACCCAGGCCGUAUACCCCAGGACCCUAUCUCAGACCCAGUCCUAUACCUCAGACCCAGGUCCCUAUCCGACCCACCCAGAUCCUAUACCCCCAGACCCAGUCCUACCCCAGACCCACAGUCUCUCCCGCACUCCUACCCCAGACCCGGUCCAUGCCACCCCAGACCCAGGUCCCUACCCCUGACCCAGUCUGCACACCCCGGGCAGACUGUCCUCAGCGGUACCUCCAGACCCAGCCCCUUAUACACUCAGACCCAGUCUAUACCCCAAACUGGGAGUCUAUACCCCAGACCCUAUACCUCAAACCCAGGUCUACACAGCCCUCUCAGACCCAGUCCUAUACCCAGACCCAGUCCAUACCUCAGACCAGUCACUACACCCCCAGACCCAGUCCCUGGCUACACCGGCCCAGACUCAGUCUGAUACCCAGGACCCAGUCCCUUAUACCCCCAGACCCAGUCUACCUCCAGACCCAGUCCUAUACCCCAGACCCUCACCCAGACCCGUCCUAUACCCCAGGACUUGGUCCUAUACAGACCAGGUCAUACCCCAGACCCAGUCCUAUACCCCAGACCCAGUCCUAUACGACCCAGUCCUGGCCCCAAACCCAGAAUUUUCCUAACCCGGGAGACCCAGUCCCCAUACCCCCAGACCCAGUCCCAUAUCCCCAGAUCUACCGAGACCCAGUCCAUAUACUUCCCAGACCAGUCACCAGACCCAGCCCUUACUCUCAGACCAGUCCUGCCACCACCCCGGAACUAACCCGGAACUCGCCCCGAGACCCAGUCUACCCCCAGACCCAGUCUACCUCGGAGACCCAGUCCUACACUCAGACCCAGGUCGCCACCCCCGGACCCCAGUCCUAUACCCAGACUGGUCUGCCCCAGACCCAGUCCCCUCAGGACCCAGUCCCCUCCGUUGGACCCAGUCCUAUACCCCAGACCGUCCAUUGGCCCCAGACCCAGUCCAUACCUCAGACCCCAGUCCUAUACUCCAGACCCAGUCCCUGUCACACUCAGACCCCAUACCCCAGACCAGUCCUAUACCCCGUGCACUCAACCGAGUCCCAUAUCUUUCAGACCCAGUCCUAUAAAACCAGACCCAGCUCCAUGGCCUCAACCCAGCUCCAUGACCAACCAGAUCCAUUCCUAAACCGAGCUCCCAUACAACCCGGCUCCUUACCUAACCCAGAUCCAACCUUAACCCAGAUCCAUACCUAA